ACAGUUUAAUAAUCAUCUACGUGUCUAAAUUCUCUUUGCUUAAUUUCCAUGAUCUUAUCCAAAAGAAAUAGUACCCUCUCAUUCCCACAAAAAAUAUUGCAGAAAACAAAAAUGGUGCUCACAACAACCUCCAGUGAUGGAUUCAACUACGACAGGAAAAGUGAGUUGAAGGCUUUAGACGACUCAAAAGCUGGUGUUAAGGGACUCGUAGAUGCUGGUUUGGCUAAGAUACCAAGGAUUUUCAUCCAUGAACAACAGAAGCUCAACAAAGCAACCAGUCCUUGUGAUGGUUCCAACUUCAGUAUCCCAGUCAUAAGCUUAGAGGGCAUCAACCAAGAUCCAGCUGUACGUGCUCGUGUUAUCGAACAAGUUCGACAUGCUUGCGAGAGUUGGGGGUUUUUCCAGGUGGUCAACCAUGGGAUUCCAGUCCAUGAUUUGGAGGAGAUGAUCGAUGGGAUAAGGAGAUUUCAUGAGCAAGACCAAGAAGUGAAGAAGGAAUUAUAUUCAAGGGACUAUACCAACAAACUCGUUUAUUAUAAUACUAAUUUUGAUCUUUAUCAAUCGCCUGCAGCUAAUUGGAGGGAUACUCUGUCAUGUGUUAUGGCACCUCGUGCUCCCAGUCUUGAAGGGUUGCCUAGAGUUUGCAGGGAUAUAAUGCUUGAUUACUCGGAAAAAGUGAAGGCUUUAGGAGCCACUUUAUUUGAAUUAUUGUCUGAAGCACUUGGGCUCAAUCCCAACCACCUGAAGGACUUGAGCUGCGCAGAGGGCCUAUUCUUUCUUGGCCAUUACUACCCAGCAUGCCCUGAACCAGAAUUGACCAUGGGCACAACUCAUCAUUCUGAUAGUAGCUUCCUCACAGUGCUCCUACAGGACCAAAUUGGUGGCCUCCACGUCCUCCAUGAAGAUCAGUGGGUGGAUGUUACCCCAGUCCGGGGAGCUCUAGUUGUAAAUCUUGGAGACAUGUUACAGUUAAUCUCAAAUGACAAGUUCAUUAGUGUCAAUCACAGAGUGUUGGCCAAAAAUGUUGGUCCAAGAAUUUCCGUGGCGUGUUUUUUUAGACAACAUCUUCCACCAGAAAAUUCUUCCAGGUUGUAUAGGCCAAUUAAGGAGUUGGUGUCAGACAACAAUCCUCCAAUUUACCGAGAGACCACCAUCAAAGAUUUUGUUGCGCACUACUAUACUAAAGGGCUCAAUGGUGUCUCGGCAUUGGAAUAUUUGAAGCUUUGAACUUAGAUAAUGAAACCAUAUAUGAGAUUACUGUCCUUGAUAUUUUGAAGACGAAUUGGAGUGUGUACGUGAACCACAAAACUCAGUUUUGGAGAGUGCUUUACUUGCUUGGCUACCCCAACUGCUUAUCACCCUCAGCUACUAGAUAUUUAUUUUGUUUACUUCUCUGUUAUUAGUUGUAAUAGUUAGAAUAGUUAAUUGUUGCCGACCAAAAAAAAAAAAGAAUAGUUAAUUGUUAGAACUCCAACUAUAUUUGUAGACUUGAGCUUAAACCACUUCCUAUAGUACCAUUUCAGACAGACACAAAUCACCUUGUCGAUUGAGGAGAGGCCAAGUGGCAUUAUCAAAGGAGGAAAAGGACUUCGUUAGAGGAGUUGAUUUCCCUGAACGGGUGGUGUGGAGAUAGGAAGAUGGGACGGGUGUGAAAAAAUAGAGUCAAAUUACAUUAGAGUCUUGGUGCCAACUAAUUAUACAUAUACUAAAUGUGAGUUCAGGUUACUAUUUUCAAUUGUUCAUCCGCGUUGAGAAAUGACCCAGCUGUCCUUGGGUUUGGGUUUGAAUCACAAAAUUGCUGCAGGUGUUUUUGGAGAGUCAGAAAAGUGCUGUGGGGGGUUUUUGGGGAGAGUGCGUAUUAAAACUGAGUUGAGGUGGUGAGUUGAGAUCGGGGAGGGAAAUGACGUAGCUGUCCCUGCUUUUAUUGACGUAGGUGUUCGGUAUGUGGGUGAAAAUGUGAAAUCCCUAAUGUUGUUUAAUAUAUCAACUACGAAAUGGUUUGGUUUUUGUGUUUUUUUUUUUGUCGAGAAUCCAGAAUCAUCGAGAGAGAGGGAGGGAGGGAGAGCGCUUCAGACUGAAAGUGUGCUAGAACGAUUUAGAGAUAGAGAGAGAGAUCUGAUCCCUCAUCGUUGCAGGCAGAAAGAGAGAGUGAUUUGCGUUUUGAUUGGUCCAGUUUGUGACGAGAAGAUUGGGUUGAACACAAGUGGAACAGAUAGAGGUUCUAGGCGGUUGGUUGGGUUGAUUGGGGAAAAUGGUGGAGCUGCAGACGCCAAAAAUCUACGGGUGGAGCUAUACUUGAACCAUUGAAUCAACUUUUGUCAUCAGAGUUGACCAACUUGGAGCUUUGGGGAAGUUAUCCAACUUAUUUUACAAGGCAGAAUCAUCAAACUCC